UGUACGCACCAGAAAAACCAACAUCUUUACACUACCCAAUCCUAUUCAGGAGACUACUUGAGUUGCGUCUCUUCUUUGAAAUAAACAAAAAAAGGACAACAUUAUUAUAAUAAAUUAAAACUUCAAUGCAGCGCUCAUCAAAAGUAAAAAUUCGGGCGCCACGAAAAUUUACCUCAAAUCAAGUAGAUUAUCAAGCUCAUUGGGGCGUUUUGCAUAAUGCUGUGAAAGAUAUUUUCAACAAAAGUACGUCCCAACUUUCCUUCGAAGAGCUGUAUAGAAAUGCGUACACGCUUGUGCUUCACAAGCAUGGAGAAAGACUCUAUAGGAAUGUUAAGGAAGUAUUGAAGACGAGGCUAGAAAAUGAAGUAGCUCCUUGGAUAGCUGGAAGCUUUGAAUCUCUGUUAGAAGCUGAAAACUGGAGCUAUGUUAAAAACAAAGAUGAUAUAUCUGCAUUAAUGAAAAAGAGUGAAGCUGCAACAUUAUUUUUGUCUAAUCUCGUGAAUGCCUGGAAAGAGCAUUUAGUGUCUAUGCAAAUGAUUUCCAGCGUCUUGAAGUACUUAGACAAAGUUUACUCCAAAUCUUCAGGUGUUAUGCCUAUAUAUGAUGCUGGCUUAUUGAUUUUUCGAGAUUCCGUACUUUUUAGUUCCCUUGAGAUUGGUCGAAAAAGCGGAAUUUGUAUUCUUACUUUGGUUUAUUUGGAGCGAAUCGGUGAUUCAAUAAACCGCCCCUUAAUUAAUUCUUGUCUAGAUAUGCUUAACUCUCUUCCAUUUGAAUCUACGAACGAGUCUUUGUACGAUGUUAUAUUUACUCCAAAGUUCUUAGACGUGACUCGCACAUUCUAUCAAGGAGAAGCUCAACAUAAUUUCAGAGCUUAUGAUGUUCUUGAGUAUCUUGAAAAGACCAACCAUAGGUUGAAAGAAGAAAAAGAAAGAGCACAAAAGUAUCUAUUCACCAAAGUUUCGUUUGCAUUACUUUCUGUAGUUGAGAGAGAACUUUUGACAGAACAAUUAGAUAACCUGUUGGCCAAGCCUGUUUCCGGAUUUUUCGCUAUGCUUGAUUCAUAUAACUUGGCGGGGUUAUCUUCUCUAUACGACACGUUUUCCAUAGUGGAAUUGGGUAUUCCUUCGAUAAAAAGAUUCUUUGCCGCUUAUAUUUCUGAAAAGGGAAGACUUAUAAAUGGAUCGUUGGCUUUAAACAAAGAAGAUCCUCAAGGAAAUUCGCAAGCUUCAAAAGUUUCAACCGCUUCAUCAUGGGUAGUGAAAGUGUUGGAAUUAUGGGAGAAGCUUCGUGAAAUCGUGCUUAAAAGUAUGAAAGAGGACAGAUAUGUAAUGAACUCUCUGUCUGAUUCUUUUUCUAACUUUGUAAAUGCGUAUUCACGAGCUCCUGAAUUUACUUCGCUGUUCAUUGAUGAUAAUUUGAAGCGGGAUUUGAAAGGAAGAUCUGAAGAAUCAGUGGAGAAGACAUUACAAAAUUCAGUUGUAUUGUUCCGAUUUUUAUCUGAAAAGGACGUUUUUGAAAAAUACUAUAAAACCCAUUUGGCAAAGAGGCUUCUGAAUAACAGAUCGAUAUCGGAUGAUGCUGAAUUAAGUAUGAUCGGCCGUUUAAAGCAAGAAGCUGGCAACGUGUUUACUCAAAAAUUGGAGGGAAUGUUCACAGAUAUGCGGUUGUCUAAAGAGCUACUAAAUGAAUAUAAAGGGACAUAUGAUCAAGAAGACUCUGGAAAGCCUCCGUUUGACCUGAAUGUGUCUGUAUUGGCUUCGUCUUUCUGGCCAAUUGACCUUGUUCCUGAGAAGAUUUCAUGCGAGUUUCCCGAGUAUUUGAAACCUUCCAUUGAUCAUUUUUCGAACUUCUACUUUUCAAAGCAUACUGGAAGAAAACUCAUUUGGUAUCCCUCAAUGGGAAGUGCCGAUGUUCGAGUACAGUUUAAAAAACGUAAACACGAUCUUAAUGUGUCGACAAUAGCUCUUAUAAUCCUUUUACAGUUUCAAAAUUUGCAAGAAUCUGAAAGUUUAUCUUACGAAGAGCUACUUCAAAAAACAAAGCUUGAGCCAGGCGAUUUAAAACGUAAUCUUCAGAGUCUUGCUUGCGCCAAAUACAAGGUCCUACUGAAGGAUCCAAAGGGUCGAGAUAUAAAUGCUGGUGAUCGGUUCUUGUUUAAUGAGAACUUUACUUCAAAUAUGGCGAGACUAAAGAUAUCUACAAUUGCACAGGUUCGUGUUGAAGACGACAGUGAACGAAAGCGAACAAUGGAGAAGGUGGAUGAAUCCAGAAAGCACCAAGCGGAUGCUUGUCUAGUUCGCGUAAUGAAGGAUAGGAAAACGCUUGAACACAAUCAAUUAGUAGCUGAAGUUACUCGUCAGUUGAGUUCCCGAUUUCAGCCAAAUCCUUUAAUGAUUAAACGACGGAUUGAAGCUUUGAUUGAACGAGAAUACUUGCAACGAUCCGCAGAUAAUGGUCGAGUCUAUGAAUACCUUGCGUAAUGGAAUGUUUAUUUAAAGAAGGUUUAAAAUUGAAAAUAAAAAUUGAACGAUUUACUCAAUUAAUCAAGUUCAUGUGACUGAUGAAAACGUUUUGGAUAAAGCUAACAGGGUAGGAUGUCUGUCGUCAAUGACAAAAAUUUCUUUGGUUUGUUAUAAGAAAUGAAAUGUCUGUUCAGCCCGAUUACUACUGAAAUAUAAUGAAUGAAUUGUGAAGUAGAUGCUGUAUUAAAAAAAUUAUUUAUUCAAAGGGUAUAUCUUAUGGAAGCAUCGAUAUUCGUAUGAUGAAUUUGUGUUCAAUUUUAAUAUUGGUGUUGAUUUGUUUUGGAUUCUCUACACAAUGUUUUCAUUUCCAAAGUAAUAACAGAUUCUUAUAGUCGGUAGAAGUACCGAAAGUGAAGUCAUUGAGGCCGAUGCUUCAAAUUUGGUAUCGGCCAUUCCAAGAUAUAAAAAUCCGGAUUUUUACGGCAAAUGGGUCUACAGAACCGGAGUGUUUUCCUCGUAGCUAUGUUGGUGUCAUACC